UGAAUAAAACAGGACUGUCACUAACUUGAAGCUUGAAAAAUGAGCAGACAUAUCUGUUGGAUUUGUAAGCUAUGCAGAGCUGAAUCUAAGAGGCUUCCUUCAAACCUUACUUUGGAGGAAGUUUUAGGAUGGGCCCAAUCCCUGGAAAGUCUGAUGGCUACAAAGUAUGGCCCAAUAGUAUACACAGCAUAUUUAAAAUUGGAGCACAGUGAUGAGAACAUCAAAUUCUGGAUGGCCUGUGAAACCUACAAGAAAAUUGCCUCGCGGAGGGGAAGAAUUUCUAGGGCCAAAAAGCUUUACAACAUGUACAUCCGACCACAGUCUCCUCGAGAGAUUAACAUCGACAGCACAACAAGGGAAGCUAUCAUCAAAAGCAUUCAAGACCCCACUCAAAUGUGCUUUGAAGAGGCUCAAAAGAUUGUGUAUAUGCAUAUGGAAAUGGAUUCUUAUCCCAGAUUUUUAAAGUCAGAAAUGUACCAAAAACUUCUAAAAACUGUUCAAUCCAAAAGCUCUUGAUUACUAUCCAAAAGUUUAAACCGAAGAUGGCAUCUUGCAAGUGUUAACUUAAUUUAGAAAAAUAUACAAAAUGAAAAUGAAAGCAGAAAUGAAAAUGAAACCAAGCUAUGAAUUGAUUUCUAGUUCACAAAGGAAAUUAAUUCCAAAUAUAAUGAGUGCCCAAAUAUUGUAACACAAUUUGUAGUAUAAUACAGAGAAUUAACAGAGAAGAAAAAAGAAGCUAGCUUUUAUCAUAUAAACACUAUAACAUUUUUUUUUUA